AACCCAGCUCCUGGGUUCGUCGCGAACCCACGACCAAGGUUCAUCGCGACAAACCUAGCGUGGAUUCGCGACGAACCCAGGAGCCUAGGUUCGCGAUGAACCCAUGAGCCUUGCCGAAACGGUAGCGAUCGGUGGGUGUCGGAAGGAAACAGAGAAGCGUAUAUUACUACUACUAUUUAACAAUGGCGUCUCGUCCCUUUGAAGAUGAUGGCUACAUAGGCUAUGAUCCUCGCCUCGUUUUCCAACUUCGAUGCUGAUUCAGUCAAGGAUUCUGUACUUGACUCGCCGUCGGUAUUCAAUAGUCAGUCAUACAGUUCUGGAGAUGACGUGUUUCGUUUCUCAGCCGCUUCCGGAGACUCCGUCACCUCCUCUUAUCUCUAGCGGUGGAUUCUCGGAGUUUUCGCUGAAGCAGAACGGAAAAGAUCUCGGUGGAGACUUUGGAGGAUCGGAUGGUCCGAUCCUGCCACCGUCUUCGCAGAUGGAGUCGAAUGAGGGCUUUGCUUUGAGAGAAUGGCGCAGGUAGGCUUCUUCGUUUCUUCGUGUUAUUGAUUCUCUGGUUCAUGUUUCUUUGAUUUAUCAAAUGGAGCCGAUCGCCUUUUGGUAGAUUAUUGAAAGUUCUGCUCUUGAUUUUAGCUUUUGAUUUGUUCAUUCAGAUUUCAGAUCCUCAAUUUUCAAUUUCCUAAAAUUUUUGCUGUUCUUGGGUUCAUUUCCGCUUCUGUUGUUGGAUGUUUCUAAAGCUAUUUGUUUGAGAAGAACAUGCUUUCUUUUUUUUGGCAGGGAUUGAGAACCCAGCUUGCGCCUGGGUUCGCGACUUG